CUUUGGCUCUGGCUUGAUGUUAACUCUCUUAUGUUACAAUCACAACGUAAAGACAUUCAACUUUAAAAUAAAAUGAAAGAGUAAGUAAUCACUCCAGAUGAGUGUCAAGCAACAUCUGUAUGAUUUACAAGUGUGAAGAAAUGUAAAGUUUUUAUCACAGAACUUGUUGAAAAUUCAUUACUUCGAAGUCUUAUGAUUAUUGGCAAGAGACAGGAUAAAAAAACUUCAUUAAAAGUUGUUGAACAACUUGUGGCCACUGGUCAUUACGGAUCAGCGAAGAAUAUGGAAGAAAUUUUGGACAUUGCAAAAAAAAGGGCCUCUAUUGCAAAACGUCGUAUUGAACUACUCGAAAGAUCAUUUUACGACCAGAGUGCAGAAGUUGAAUAUUUAGCAUUAUGCUGUGAAGACUUUGGCGUUGGAACAACUGUUGACGAAAGUUCAGUUAAAGUUGAACAAAAUGAAGCAACAACAGUCAACAAGUCCAUUGAAGAAACCACGGCUGUCAUUCAACAUCAAGUGACUGAAAACGCCAUUUCAAUCGUGUAUGAUGAAAUAGUUGCGGAAUUUGUUGAUGAAAUAGUUGCGGAAGUUGUUGAUGAAAUGGUAAAGCAGGUUGAGUUGGUCAAUAUGCAUUGA